GAGUUUUCCCAUAAAUAGCUAAACUCUGACAAGUUCUUGAGAUGGAUUGCUUAGUGUUUCAGCUGAGGCAUUUCAACUCUCCAGUGUCUCUACAGUGUGGGCCCACACCAGUCCUUCAAAAACACACGGUAGAGUAGAGUACAGUGCAGUGACUUCAAGGUUCCCGUUCUGGUUGUAAGCCAGUGGUUAGCCGGUUUCCAUGGCCGCCCUUGGCACUUCCCUGGUGCUGCUGCUGCUCCAGAUCCUGGCAUGUCUGUCACCAAGUCUGGCUUGCUUCUGCGAACACUACCCCUGGGCCAGUUGGUCCGCCUGCUCCAGAACCUGCAAUUAUGGCACGCAGCUAAGAAUCAGGCAAUUCAACUAUGAUGCCUAUUUCUGGAAGAACAGCUGCAAUCACUUCUGCGAAAAGUACGACACGCGAGCUUGUAACCAACAGUCCUGUCCGAUCUCAUGUCUGAUCACUGAGUUUGGAGAAUGGUCAAAGUGCUCGCCCUGUGCAAAGAAACAGCUCCGCACGCGCUCCGUCCAGCGGCCCUCCCAGUUCGGCGGGGAGGCGUGCAGCGAGGUGCUGAUGGAGGACCGGGACUGCCAUCCCGACACGGAGUGCCGCAUACCGGAGGUCAACUGCAGAGAACAGUUUAAAUGCGACAACGGCCGCUGCAUGAACUCAACGCUAAGGUGCAACAACCAGAACGACUGCGAGGACAACUCCGACGAGAGGGACUGUGGCGGUGUUUUCAAGCGCGUCUGUCCCAGAGAGAUCCGCUUGCCGCCCGGGUCCGACCUGGUCGCAAACGGGUUUGAUGCCAUGGCAGAGGCGUCCCGGGGCCAAGUCCUCAACAACAGGUUCAUGGGGGAGGGUAAAUGCGAUGUGAAGCGGCCCCGUUCUGUCCUGCUCUACUACCGCAUGCCUCACAACUUUGAGGACUUUGAGAUCAAGGUGGGAGUUACUGAUGACUUCCUAGAACAAGCCCGGCCCCUGAAAACGUCAAAACUGGAUGUGACGAAUUCAGGCUCGGCUUCAGACUCCAGUCUGAGAUUCUGGUAUUUCUUCAGGAUGAGGAAGGCUCACCAAGAAGUCUUCAAGGCUUCAAGGCAGAAGGACUCCAUCAUGUUCGACGUGCACCAGGUCCUGCCCGUGGCCACGUUCAGAGUGCGGAGCCCGCGCGACACAGUCUUGUCCGGGCCCUUCCUCCAGUUCCUCAACGCGCUGCCCCUGGAGUACAACUACCCGCUGUACCGGGACAUCUUCCGGCGCUUCGGGACCCACUACUACAGCUCUGGGUCGCUCGGGGGGAAAUACGAGAUGAUUUACCAGUACGACACGGAGACGGUCAAAAGCUCAGGAGACAUAACACAUGAGUUUUCUGAAUGUAUUCGUAAGGAGAAUUUAGAAUUUUAUUUUUUCUACACAAAGUACACACAAAGUACAAGGUGCACAAACACCCUGAUGACACAAACAUACAAAGGGUCUUACAUGAACGCAGCCAGGAAGUCUUACUCCCUGGUGCAGGGAGGACAGACCAGGGAAGCAGCUAAGCUGGCUUGGCACAGUGGCGGUGUCAGGCCCCCUAGGGCGGCAUACAACAAUUGGACUCAAUCGGUCAUCCAAAACCCUGUUGUGGUGGAUUAUAAGCUGCGGCCCCUUGUGGAGCUGGUGCACGGCCUUCCAUGCGCCGCCACCAAGCGGCGUCUCCUUCGCCGCGCGCUGGUGUCCUACCUGGAGGAGUUUGACGUGUGUCAAUGCGCGCCGUGCCCCAACAAUGGGCGGCCCGUGCUCUCAGGGACCGAGUGCACGUGUCUGUGCAAGACGGGCACCUUCGGCCCCAACUGUGACAAGAGGUCCCCGGGCUACACAUCAGAGGGCGUGGACGGCUCCUGGAGCUGCUGGGGCCCGUGGGAUGAGUGCGGAGCCGCCAUGCAGAGACAGAGGACCCGGCGGUGUGAUCACCCCGCCCCGCUGAGGGGGGGGCUGCCGUGCCAGGGGGCCAGGGUGGAGAAGGAGCCCUGCCACAUCUCCAUCUUCCAGACGCAGGCUACAUGUGACAACGAUGACGACUUCACGGUGGGCUGGAUUGAUGAGCUGCCCCCAGGGGUGGUGGGGUGUUUCAGACCCAAGAGGCCGGACAACAGCUACCUCCUGAAAGGGAAGCAGUACUACGAGGUGGGGGAAGUCGAGGAGUUCCGGUGUUUCACGGGCUUCGAGAACGCGGGUUCGCCGUUGAUCCACUGCCUUCCCGAUCUCACCUGGCCCCAGCCCGCUGGACAGUGUGUCAGGAUGGUCUGUGCGGCUCCCUCCAACAUACCCGAGGAGCUGGAGCUGUACCCCAACAAGAAGGAGUACCGGGUGGGAGAGUCGGUGGGGCUGAACUGCAAGAACGUCAACCAGGCGCCCGCGCCCCUGGGCUGGUUCAGGUGUACCGUCGGCCUGCUCUGGGUCCCCGCGGUGCCCGCCGACCUGCACUGCGUGGACGUAAGACCCUACGUCCCCGAGAGGCGAUGUGGCCCUGGAGAGGUGCGCCGGGGCCCCGUGUGUGUCUGUAUCGACCGAGUGUCCUGCAUUUCCUUCCAAGAAAACCUGUGUGCUCUCAACACGGAGCUGGACGCCCUCGUGCCCAUGUCCAUCUGUUCCCUCCAUGCCGCCCGUUGCCACGGCGACCCCUUCUUUUUCGCCAACAAGGGACAAUGCGACGACAGCGCCGCUCGCCUGGACCUGGUCAGGUUCCGGGCCCGCAUGGCCAAUCGCAGCGCCACCGCGGAGCCGUGCGGCGAGGACGUCUGCUACGAAUGGGAGACCUGUGUCGGCUCGUUCACCGAACCUCGCUGUAUUUGCCGCCUUCCCACCGAAUGCCCCCGGAGCAGAGAGCCAAUCUUCUGCAUCAAGCUGGUUGCCAGCCAACGGAAGAAAGAGAUCAGCCUUUGCCUCAUGGGUGUGCUGAAAUGCUCGUCGAUUAAAAUAGAAGUGCUCUACGAAGGGCACUGUGAGGCGGCUUGAGUCCACCGCAGCCUUGCCUUUUCUAUGAAUGACAGUAGAUAUUAAAGAUGGAGUAUGUAACAUUUCAACUAGCUCAUAGCAUUUAAUAACCUGGACAUAUCUGUAGUCAAUGCUGAUCGAUAGUGAUUUAAAGGCUGUUAUCAAUUAAAAAAAAUCCUGUAACUGA